GCCCAGUGCAUUGGGCCGGAACCGUGGCUCUGCUGAGCGUGGGAUAGUCUGAGGCAAACUAACCUCACUCGCUCCAUUGCUCCAUCCUUACUUUGCACACCAUGUCGAUCCCGUCAGUGGUGCACGUUUUCGAGUCCGGAAUCAAUGCCGCGUCCACCAGCACCCUGGAGGCCUUGGUCCGCCGCCAGCUGGAAAUUGCUACCAGGGAACUGUCCAUGACGGCCCCGGCACCAGCCUCGACGCCGCCCGUCCAUCCCAAGACUCUAAUCAGUGACAUGGGAGACUACCUGACCCAGGCUGCGCGCGUGUGGUCCCGCUUGACCGACAACCUGGUUAAUGGGUCGCAUGUGGAGAUGGCGGCUGUCGAUGCGCAUGAGCAGUCGAGGCUAGGGAACCACGUCUCCGAACUGUCUCCCCUCUUCCUCAUGGAUGUAGAACUUCGAAGACUAUGUAAAAUCCGGGACCUGACCGAGAAGUUCUCCCGUGAGGUCCAGGAGAUUUGGUUGCCAGUUCCCCCCGCCUCGCCCGAUACGCCAGUGCCAGUGCCAGCUCCGCAGACCGCCUUCUCGUCCUUCGAGAUGAAGCGAACUCCGUUGACGCGACCUCCGGUAGUGGCAAGCGAGGCAGAGACUAGAGUCCACGGCAGUCAAAAGGCACUUCCGACGUCACAGAUGUCCCCCGGUCACCCCUCCUCGCCCUGCGACAUUGCAUCCAUGUCAGAUGACUCGGAGGAGGACGAGGACGAGGACGAGCAAUUCGCCAGGAUCGACAUGGAAGCUCUGAAGCAGAGAGGCAAGGGCUCGUACUACUGCCCCCUGGGACAUCGUUGUGACAAGGGUGGGGUAGACAAGGACGGCAACCUAGUGCUCUUUGAUCGGAAUUCAUCCUUUGCGUACGCUUGCCACUUAGCCCAUUCAGCUUACCUGAAUCCAUUAGAGACGUUCACCAUCCGCUAACCACCAACGCAGACAACACUGCAACAAACAUCGGAAGCCGUGGCGCUGCGACGUUCCUGGCUGUCCAAAUCCUCCCAAAAAACGAAAGUUUGCCCGCAGAGAUGGUCUUGAGAGACACAAGGCCACUGUGAAGCAUCGUGUCAUGACAUGAUAGCGGGUCGGUGAGACGAUGGACGUGUGCUUUCUUUUGGGGGUGGGAUGGCCAUGACCGGUCAGUUUUCCCGCCCGCUCUAGAUUAGAUUAUGAUU